UAAGAUUUACCCCAAACGUUAGAGACAAAAACUAUAUUUUACUCUAUUUUUAAAUUAUGUAAGCAACAAGCACGGGGCUAAGAGCCAUGUUACAUCAUAAUCAUUCUUUAAUUUUACCCCACAACACCACAACUUCUCAACUCAAAUAAUUUGGUACACGUAACUUAGCUUUUUCGUAUUGGAAAUUCGGAAGAACGCACCACCAUUCACCGCACUAACAAUGGAAGAGGUUGAUCAUCAAGAAUUCGUUCAAGAACCACAACACAGGCCAAGUCUCUCCACCAUUGAAGCACAAGGAAUUCCAGUCAUAGACCUCUCCCCUAUAACAUCAAACAACACUUCCCCUUCGGCCAUCGACGCGCUGACGAAGGAGAUCGGAAGCGCGUGCAAGGAAUGGGGAUUCUUCCAAGUAACAAACCACGGUGUGCCUCUCUCUCUGAAGCGGAACCUUCUGGAAGCUUCAAAGAAGUUCUUUUCUCAGAGCUUGGAAGAUAAGAAAAAAGUUAGUAGAGAUGAGAGUUCUCCGAGCGGUUACUAUGAGAGUGAGUAUACAAAGGAUGUUAGAGACUGGAAAGAAGUGUUUGAUUUCUUUGCCAAAGAACCUACUUUGUUCCCUGCCACUAUUGAUGAACAUAAUCAUCGAGUUGUUCAAUGGACUAAUAAAUAUCCUCACUAUCCCCCUGCCUUCAGAGAUAUAAUCCAAGAAUAUAUUGAAGAGAUGGAGAAGCUAGCCUACAAGUUGAUGGAGCUUAUAGCUAUGAGCUUAGGCCUUGAAGCUAAGAGAUUUGAGAGAUUUUUCAUUAGAGGACAAACCAGCUUUAUUCGCCUUAAUUAUCACCUUGCUCUUGGAGUUGGCCCACACAAGGAUGAAAGUGCUUUAACCAUUCUUGCUCAAGAUGAGGUUGAAGGACUUGAAGUGAAACGUAAGACAAACCAAGAGUGGAUUAGAGUGAAACCAAAGUCAAAUGAUUAUAUCAUCAACCUUGGUGACAUUAUUCAGGUGUGGAGCAAUGAUAGAUAUGAGAGUGUGGAACACAGAGCAAUGGUUAACUGUGAGAGUGAAAGGUUUUCAAUUCCAUAUUUCUUUUUCCCUGCACAUGACACCGAAGUGAAGCCAUUGGAGGAGCUGAUAAAUGACCAAAACCCUCCAAAAUAUAGGCCAUAUAAAUCCGGCAAAUUUCUUCUAUACCGAAUGAUCAACGAUUUCAAGAAACAAAAUAAGGACAACCUUCAAAUUCAUGAUUAUAAACUAGCUUAAAGCUAAGAUAUAAUAUAUAAGUAUGAAUCUAUUUGUAAUAAAAUAUGAAAACUUAUGUGUUACUAAUAAUAAAUAUAAAUUUAGUUAUUUAAA